AUGACCGAAAUACCCAGCAGCAACUCAAGGCAAUCCAUGCAAGGGUCAAUCACCAAAUGCAUAUUCUCCGUCACCAUGGUAGCGGUCACAAUACAAGCAAUCUCCAGCUUUCAAAUAAUUACCCCAACUCUCCGGAAGUAUCCAUCUGCUGCCAAUACGAUUCAACAUCAUAAUAGACGUGGUAGGCAGCAACAGCCAUUUCCAUCGAUGUUAUCGCUAUCCUCAGAGAAGAGUGAAGCUGAAGAACAAAAAGCAUACGACAGCUUGUAUGAAUUCUUGACUAAGCGUUCGAAUCAAGCUUCUGCUGCUGCAAAAGCACAGCAACAGCAGCAGCAACAAGACAAGGAACGAAAAAUAGACCGAAUUCGCAAAUGGGUCACCAAAAGCAGCAGUAGCAGUAAAAUGGUCCAGCCUUUGCGAGUGGAAGAUGGUUCGGUCAUGGAGGACGUAGAACCGGAACUUACGACUCGGCUGGAUAAAGUCUGGUCGGCCAUGCCCACUUUGGAAGACAUUUUGUCUAGACGCACUCGAAAAAAGGACAAAGCUUCUAUUGGUGGUAAUGACAGCAACAACAACAAUGAUGAUGAUUCAUGGUUCGAGGCAGAAAAACAACAAAUACAAGCCGAAUAUGAUUCCAUUUUGCAACAAAUGAAACAACAAAUUGCCCUAGAACGGCAACAAAAUCCCGAUUCGGUGCCGGAAAAUUCUGAAGCUAUUGCCGAAUCGGUAGUCGCUCAAGAACUCAAGAGGAUGCUUACUUCGGUCAAAAUCAACCGCGCCAAGGAAAGCUUGCAGGAUGAGGAAAUUCGAAAAAAGGCCGAGUUGGAACGUCGCGAUUUUAGUCAAGAUAACGACGCCAUUGCCAAGAAGCUAUUGCAAGAGGCUGCAGACGAUUGGAAACGGCAAGAAGCCAUCAAGGCCAAUAUAGAUGAUUUUGAACAAUACGACCGUCAAGCCAGGCUGGACAGCAGCAAUACCAAUGAUAGCAACAGUAAUAUUCCCCAACCGGGAGCGGAUCUGGAUGUUUGGGCGUUGGAACGACUGGAAGACAUGUUGGAGAAGACGGCCCAAGAAGGAAGUGACGUUUCCAUUUCCGACAUUUUAGAGGAAAAUAUUGAAACGCUCCAACAGAGACUGGCAAAGGCAUCUCAAAAGGGCACCGUUGAACCACAAACCAUGAAGGAAUGGCAAAUGUACCGAGCCAUUGCUACCCGACUGAAUGCCCGCAAAGACAAUUCGGGAAUGACAAAUCCACUCUUGAAUCAAGCGGAAGCAGACGAACAAUUCAUUCAAGCACAACUCAAUAGAUGGAGGGAGUAUAUUGGGAAGGAGCAAGUCAUUCGGGAACGAUCGGGCUUGUCGUCCGGACCCAAAAUGCCUUUUGAUUGGAACAAGUCGAAGCAACAAAAGGAGCAGGAGCUUGCAGCGAAAUCGAGAACUCAGCAACAAACGCAAAAGACUAAGAAUGAGAUGCGACGACAAGUUAAUUUGCAAGCCAUUCAAGCAUUGGAAGAUUUAAUACAAAAGAGUGAUCCCAAGCGGGCAGAAAAUCUGCAAAAACAAUUGGACGCACUCAAGGCAGAAUUGGAACCCUUGGAUUAUUUGGAUGUUAGCACGGAAGAUUUCGCCGAAGUUCAGGGACCUGUAGAUCUGUCGGGUGUCUUUCGAUCGGAACCCGAGGAUAUGGAAACCACGAUUGAACCCGCCUUUGGUGCCAGCGAACGGGAAAGCAUUGACAAAAUGAUGUCUGACCAAGAUUACUCAAUACCAGCACCAUCCAAGACUGAUCUAACAUCGGCAGAGGCUUCAAAGGCUCCUUCUUUUUAUGACGAUGCAGACGACGAUGACGAGCCAAAGCCAGCAGCACCAAAGACUCCCUUUUUCCAAGACAUGGGCGACGACGAACCAAAGCCGGAGCCUCCCAAUAGUCCCUUCUUUGCAAGUGAUGAUUCGGCUGGCGGUGCGUAUGCCCAGGAGCUAGGGUCAAUGGAGGAGCAAAAGUUGAAUGCCAUGUUUCGACGAGCUGGUGCUCGGACCAAGGAAGAGCAAGACACCAUUCGCGCUGAAUGGCAAUCCUUUCAAGCUUUUGAGAAAUCCAGUAGAGAAGCAUCGGGCCUGUCCAAUUCGGAUGAUGAUGAAUCUCGUUUGGAAGAUGCCAUUUUGAAGUUUAAUGUUUCAGAAGUAAUGACGAGUGACGGAGAUAUUGAUGCCGCCAAAGUCUUGGCUUCCAUCGGACCCCGUCCAACGCGACGAAAAAAGGUAGUUGAUGAAUCUACUCCAAGUGCUGUGGAUCCAUCCGACAUUUCGGAGGCCAUGUAUCGAUCCGUAUCGGCCGUUGGUGGGGGCAGAUCAAAGGAUGACCCAAGCAUUCGAGACAAGGAAAAGGCAGACUUUGAAGAAUAUAUGCGAAAAGAGGAGGAAAUGCGACAAAGUUUGGAUAGCAUUGACGAUGAUGCAUCCAAGCUGGCAUCCGAAGAUGUUCCAAUGUAUGACGAAUCCUAUGCUGAAAAUGCUUUGGCAUCCAUGGAGCGCCCAAUCUUCAAGCGAAAGAAGCGCAUAAUUGACGAACAGGAAUACAGUGACAGGGGAGGAGCACUGUAUUCGGAAGACGAAUCCUUGUCGGAUAGUGACGAUGACGAUGACGAUGAGAUGCAAGACGACUCAAGCGAUAACUGGAUUCCCAACUGGCUCAAGAAAGAGCGGAAAGAGGGAGCUGGUGGUAAAACUUCUUAUUUCUCAGGCAACAAAAUGGACGAUGUGUUUGACGACGACAAGUAUGAGCACAACCUUCGACAAGUGGCAGAAUACAAACAGAGGCGUUCGGGAAACAAAAAGCAAAUGGGAAUUGAUAUUUCUGACGUCUUAGGUCGACAAGAGUCUGAUGACUAUGCAGAUUAUACUUACGAUGCCGAUUACUUCCGAGGUCGACAAGGGGGCUGGGAAACUGCCAGCUUUGAAGCAAGAAAGUCAAAUUUACUCGAGUACAUUGAGCUUAGCGUGCCAGAGCUGAACAACUUGCUUGACCACAAGGAGUCAUCAUUUUCCAAUGGUGCUUCUCAGUAUAUCCCUAGAAUCAACAAGCCCUUUAGUGAAUUCGGGGCCAUCUUUAGAUUGGAAGGUGUCAUGUUUGACCUCACUGGUAUUCACGAUAAGGUUUGGGCGAUGGUAGCACAAGAAUUUGGUUUCAAGGUGCCACAGUUUGAAGACGUUCAAAGGGCAGCAGUCGCAAGGCCCGACUUCAGUAUUCGAAGGAUUUUUUGUUGGUCCAACGAGAUGAUGGAGGUGAACAAAAUCAAUGACAGAUUCCUUUCAAUUUUCCGUGAAACCCUAAACGAGUGGGCAGCUGAGAAUGGCCUUAAGGUUGAAAACGAGCCGGCUGCUGCUCCUGUGGAGCAAAGCAGCAAAGGGUCCAUGGCAUUGGGAGAAGAAGUGGGCGCAUCAAAAGCCGCACCGCAGCAACCGAUGCAGCAGGCACCUCCCAUGUUCACUGACGAGCGCACAAAAAUGAUGAAAAUGAAGGAGUCAUGGGAGAAAACUGCAAAUCACUAUAAUUUUGCAGCACCGUCCAACGACCAAAUUGCUCAAUGCUCAUUUUUGUCGCCAGACAUUACCAUUCGUAAUAUUUUCCGCUGGACAUCCGACCAGCGAGAAAUUGAAUUGAUUGUCUCUCACUAUUCGCAGCUCCUUGCGGGAGUGGAACCUGUUGACAGGCAGCAGAAUACAGCAUCCGCAAAAGCGAGCGAAUUGGGCGGUGGAAGUAUCCUUGAGCUUCAAUUUUCAGCAUGGGAAAAGGUGGCGAAACAAACAUCCAUGCAGACUCCAACUCCAGAAGAAGUUUUGGCAGCAUCUGUCUUGAACGAUCCAGCAGAAGUUAUUGCCCACGGUUUCGGAUGGACCAAAGAUCCAGCCCGAAUUGAAGAACUCGCCACACUAUAUCGCGAUGUCUUUGCCCAACUCGUGAAUGAAGGUUUUCACAACCGGUCAUACCAGUCGAAUGGAGCUCCUGUACCAAUAGAAAAACCAAUCGAAACUGCUGAGCCUUCAUCGACUGGACCGAGUGCGGAAGAGAUCUUGCAAUCCCAAAUAGAAGCAUGGAACGAAGUCUCUCGAGAACACGGCCUGUUAGCACCAGCGCACAGCCAAAUUGAGCUUACCAUGAACAUGAGCGCUGGUGAUUCCGUCCGUCGCUUGUUGGGUUGGACCCACAAUUUUAACAAUGACCAAAUCAGCGCCAUUACAGCAUCCUACGAGAAGGCAUUGCAAAAGUCUUCUUCCAAGAUCUUGGAAGCGUACGGAUUGGAAACGGAGCAAGUCAAUACUAAUGAUGCCAUUCAGCAUCAGACAGGUUCGACCGACGUUGGUGCCGACGAAGUGUUCAAGGCUGCCACUGACGCCUGGACUAAGGUUGCCGAUCGCAUGUCGUUCUCUGCUCCCAGUCAAGAGCAAGUAGUGUUUGCCAUGACAGUUGGUCCAGAAGAAGGCAUUAUUUCCGGCUUUGGAUGGGCCUCUAACAUGAGCGAUGCCGCCAAGAUUGCCGCGGACUAUCGGGAAGAAAUCAAACUGAAACGAGCCCAAUGGCACCGAGCCGGAAUGACUACCAAUGCAGGCCCAAGUAGUGGUGCAAGUGUGGACGAAUCCACGCCAUUGGUCAAGAUUAUUCCUGGAGUAGAAGACUGGAUCAAUUCACUUCGUAGUGUGGAAAUGGGUUGCGGUGUCAUUUCUCACUUGGAAGAGGAUCAAGUUGACAUUUUGUUGGAAUACGCUGGUCUUUCCAGUUUGUUACCAAAAGAUAAGCGAGUCACUAAGAAUCAAAACUAUGAUCGUGACAGCCAACAAAUGUUGGGCUCCGCACUACGAAUGGAACGCCGCCCGGACCAUUGCGUCGUCUUUGAUUCCAGUCCCCAAGCCAAUAUUGCCACUCAAGAAAUUGACAUGAGGAGUGUGGCCAUGGUUGGCCCUUAUCCUCGGUACGAGCUUCUUUCGGCCGAUACUUCGGCGUUUAGCUUUGGCGAAUUGACGGCCAUGAACAUUCGUCGAUUGUUUGGUGAGAGAGUGUAUGACCAACCCAUGUUAGAUGCUCUGCCACAGGCCGAACCUUUGAAAAAGACCAAGGUCAAGACCAGAUUUUGGGAUCCCGAAGAUUAG